CCUUCUCAGCCACACUUACUGAGUUGCAGCAAAGAGGGAACACGGAAUUUGGCUGCUGCUGCUGCUGCGCGGCUCUUGGUCGUCUCAGACUGGGCGUGUGUGUGUGUGUGAGUGCGUGUGUGAGUGUGACUCUUUGUUUUUAGCCGUCCAUUCAGAGGAUCUAGCUGGCUCGGUCAGACAGGCCAACAUGUGGACAGCACGUCCACAGAAGAAGCAGGUGCGCCCUGCACUGGGGUCUGACUGCUAAGAUAUGCUUGACAAGGCUCAGCCUACUGCCAGUAACCUCAACCUGGUGAACGCUGAAGUUUCUGAGACCCGGGCAGCUUCGGACACGCUUGAUGGUAUCGACAUGGCCGACCUUGUGGAAAGCCUGGACGCCAGAGAGCUGGACCUCGAGGAGGGCGAGGAGCUCGACUACGACGGGAACUACUUGGGAGACUGCCGUAUACCGUUUUCAGCGGUGUAUGCCACAGUGGGCUUUAAGGAGGCCAGUGCGAAGGUCUACCUCCCCACUGUGCCAAUUACCGCCAAGAUCCUAGAGGUGGAGCGGUUCACCACGGCGCAGGACCGCUUCAACUUGUCGCAGCACAGGAGCGUCAACAAGUCCCUGCCGGCCGUGUUUAAGAUCGAGAUGAAGCACGGAGAGUUUACCUGGCUGGUCAAGAGGAAGGAGAAACAUUUCCUGGAGCUGCACAGAGAGCUGAGGACGUACAAAACCCUCAUUAGGAUACCGCUGCCGUCACGCAGCCACACCGUGAGGAGGAAGACUGUGAGGAAGAGCGAGGUGAGGGAGAUGCCUUCCUUGCCCCGGGGGGGAGGAGAUGAGCUGGCCAGAGAUGAGCAGGUCUCCAGCAGGAGAAGACAGUUGGAGGACUACAUAAACACGCUUCUGAAGAUGGCCAUGUAUCGGAAAUAUCACCACACUAUGGAGUUCAUUGACGUUAGCCAGUUGUCUUUCAUACAUGACUUGGGUCCCAAAGGACUGGAAGGCAUGAUCUACAAGCGUUCCGGCGGACAUCGCAUCCCAGGAAUGAACUGCUGCGGUCAGGGUCAGGCCUGCUAUCGCUGGUCAAAACGCUGGCUGGUGGUCAAAGACUCGUUCUUGCUGUACAUGAAGCCAGACUCCGGGGCGAUCUCCUUCGUCUUGCUGGUGGACAAAGAGUUCAGCAUCAAGAUGGACUCCAAAGAGACGGAGACCCAACAUGGAGUCCGCGUUGACAGCCUUUCCAGGACGCUUGUGUUUAAGUGCAGCAGCUACAGACACGCGCGCUGGUGGGGCCAGAGCAUCGAGAGCUUCGUGCGGAGUCACGGGAAGGCCUUCCUCCGAGAACACCGCUUCGGGUCGUUCGCACAGGAACAGGAAAACGUCCCUGCCAAAUGGUACGUGAACGGGAAGACGUACAUGGAGGACGUGGCCGACGCUUUGGAGGAGGCUAAAGAAGAGAUCUUCAUCACAGACUGGUGGUUGAGUCCGGAAAUCUUCCUGAAGAGACCCGUUGUAGAAGGAAACAGAUGGAGGCUGGACUGCAUCCUCAAACGCAAAGCACAACAGGGAGUACGGAUAUUUGUGAUGCUGUACAAGGAGGUGGAGCUCGCCCUGGGCAUCAACUCGGGCUACAGCAAAAGGACGCUCAUGCACCUGCACCCCAACAUCAAGGUUAUGCGGCAUCCAGACCACGUCUCUUCGUCCGUGUACCUGUGGGCCCAUCAUGAGAAGAUUGUGGUUAUUGACCAAUCGGUGGCUUUUGUGGGCGGCAUCGACUUGGCUUAUGGACGAUGGGACGACAAAGAGCAUCGGCUGACAGAUGUGGGCAGCGUGACGCGCUCUGUGGCUCUCGAGCAGGCCAGCUCCGCCAGCGCCAGCGCCAGCCCUCCCUCCUCCGAUAAGGGUGUGUCUGCCGUUCACGACGUCCCGCAGAGCAACGGCCUCGGGACUCCGACUCCCGACGCAGCCGAGUUGCCCAAGCUGAAGGGCGUUGGGCGCAGCAGGAUGGUCCGGUUCAGCCUGUACAGACACCUGCAAAAGCACACUCUGCAGCACGUGGACAGCGUCAGCAGCGUGGACAGCGCAGAAAGUGGUUCUGUCAAAAGCUUGAAAACGGGUGUUGGCGAGUUGCAGGGAAACACCCGCUUCUGGCACGGAAAAGACUACUGCAACUUUGUUUACAAGGACUGGAUCCAGCUGGAGAAACCUUUUGAUGACUUUAUCGACAGGUACACCACUCCCAGAAUGCCUUGGCAUGACAUCGCCUCGGUGGUCCAUGGGCGAGGCGCCCGGGAUGUGGCCAGGCACUUUAUCCAGCGGUGGAACUUUACGAAAAUCAUGAAGCCAAAGUACCGCUCUCUCUCUUACCCUUUCCUCCUGCCAAAGUCUCACUCCUCUGCCGACGAGCUCAAGUACCAAGUUCCUGGGUGUGUUAACGCUAAAGUACAGGUGUUGCGAUCAUCAGCGGAUUGGUCAGCAGGCAUUAAAUAUCACGAGGAGUCCAUUCAUAAUGCCUACAUCCAGGUCAUCGCCAAGAGCAAGCACUACGUCUACAUAGAGAAUCAGUUUUUCAUCAGCUGUGCAGACAACAGAACGGUCUACAACAAGAUCGGAGACGCCAUCAUCGAAAGGAUCAUCAGGGCACACAAGGAGGGUAAGAAGUACCGCGUGUACGUGGUCACUCCUCUGCUUCCGGGCUUCGAGGGUGACAUCACUACAGGUGGAGGGAACGCCAUCCAGGCUGUGAUGCACUUUAACUACAGAACGAUGAUAAGAGGAGAAUACGCCAUCAUCUCCCAGUUGAAGAAGGAGAUGGACGACCAGUGGAUGAACUACAUCUCCUUCGCCGGUCUGCGGACUCACGCCGAGCUGGAGGGGCGCCUCAUCACGGAGCUCAUCUACGUCCACAGCAAGAUGCUCAUCGCUGACGACAACACGGUCAUCAUCGGGUCUGCGAACAUCAAUGACCGGAGCAUGCUGGGAAAGCGUGACAGUGAAGUGGCAGUGAUUGUUGAGGACUCUGAGAAAGUGUCCUCGGUGAUGGACGGGCAGGAGUAUCAAGCUGGACCCUACGCACUCGAGCUGCGCCUUGAAUGUUUCAGGACAAUCCUGGGAGGCCACACGGACACGAGCAUCGACCUCUCCGACCCCGUCAGCGAUCGUUUCUACAAGGAGGUGUGGAUGACCACGGCUGGCCGGAACGCUACCAUCUAUGAGAAGGUCUUCCGCUGCCUUCCCUCGUCCCUGGUGAGGAACAUGUCGGAGCUGGAGCAGUUCCAGUCCAAGCCGGGUUUGGCUCAGACCGAGAAAGCUCGCGCUCAGGAGGAGCUGCGCAAAAUCCGGGGCUUUUUGGUCCAGUUUCCCCUGGAUUUCUUGUCCGAGCAUAACCUGAUGCCCUCAGUCGGAUCGAAAGAAGCCAUGGUCCCGACCGAGAUCUGGACAUAAGGGGACGAUGACCAGUACUGGACCUUAGCCACAGGGUCUGUGCUUCAUCCCUCAUCCAGACACGAGAGUCAGAUUUCCAGGAGUCUUUUUAGCUUCAUUUGACCCCCAGGAACCUGGAACCUCUCAAACCUGUGGAUACCUGAAAACACUAAACUAUGUAAAUGGACCGCAAGUCAGCUGAACCUUGUUGGAUGUGCAGUAUGAACAACAAAUGGGACUAUAAUCAUAACAGGAUCUUUUCAAAGUGAGGGAAAUUGUUGGCAGUUUGAGAUGCUGGGACUUUGAACUGCUCACAGCAGAUAUUUCACAGGGUCCAUCGUGAAAACAGUUUGGCGGUGCCAUCGAGACGCUCACCUCUCUGUUGACAACAAUGCACAUAAUUCACCGAGUUUGUGAGAUGUUAGUGCUAUAAUUGCUGUUUUUUUACCUCUGCGCACCUUUUUAACCUGACUUCCUAAUCUAUUGAGGCGUGGGGUUUUUAAGUCGGAAAUCCAGAAUAUUCUUCCUGUUCUCCCUCGACGUCGAUGAAGGAUUUGCUGCCCAACAAAUCGUGCCGGGCGCGCACGUCUGCCGUUCCUGCAUCUACGGACCACAAGGCCGUUCUCAACGUCUCAGAGACGUUUAUCGGGACAGAUUUGUAUCCGGGGUUGCGUAUCUUUGUUUUAUUUAUUUUUAUUUAUUUAUUUUCAAUUCAAAAAUUUGGAAUAAUGAAAUCAAAGAUGGGAUGUAUCAGACAAUCAUCCUGCACAUUUGAGCAAAUCAUUUUUUUUUUCCCCCUUUUGUCCAGCUGGUGGUGCUAGCUUCUUAAAAGAACAGACUGCAAACCCAACAGCUGGGAUAUUUUAUUAGGUUGUUUCGCUUAGUUUGUCUGAGUCUAAAUUAAAGUUCAAAUCUGUUUCAAAUCCAACUUUUAAGGCAGUUUUAGCUGAAACAAAACCGUCAUGUAAAAAUCUCAGAAUUCCUGAUCCCAAAUAGCGUGCACACGGAACCGGCUUCUCCAGAUUGUCUGAUUUAUGACACGCUCGUUUCGUCGACGCGCGCGCACGUGAGCUUACGUGUCCGCCGUCGAAAUAUAUCCAUUACAUUCCGCCUUGUUUGAUCGCUAUCUUUCCCCCCCGAAUGUGAAAAGCGGAGCGCAGUUUCCAGAGAUGCAGAGCUGCAGCUUAUUCUAAAUGUAGGAACCGUUUGACUGAAGAUUCUUGGAGGAGCGGGAGAAAUGAGAGACUGACAGAGUUGUCAGUUGAAACGAAUGGAAAAAAAAAGAAAGAAAAAAACGCUAGAUGACCCAUUUUAUUUGGGACUGCGUAUCUUAAUGUUGUUUUUGCCACACCCAGCUUUUGAAUCAUCCAGCCUGGCCUGAAAGCAGCAGGGUGAGAAAACAUCUUAUGGACUCUUGUGAAUAAGCACUCAGUCGGGACCAAGAGGUGUUAUUUUAGGAGAAUCUGCUCAGAAAUGUAUGUUUUUGAGUUUCUGUAUUUGUCAGUGCAUUAUUUAUGAAUUGUGAAGCAUUUAACACUUUAUGUUUAGUGAAUAUCGUGGUUAUAACGGUUGUUUAUUUGUAACUUAACUGUACUGUCGUGCAGCUGUCUAACUCCUUGUUCUCUUGUCUGUACAAUCUGAAGUCGUUCUAAUUUUUGGUUUUUAAUUUAACGCAUUGUGACACAUUAAAGUCUGGCUUCUUUCGACCCGCAAAAAGUAAACGUCGUAACGUCUCGAUCUGUGUGCCCAGCAUAGACUUUUUUUUUAAUUGUGAUUGUGUUCACAACAAAAAUGUCAUUU